AUGACCUUAUCUUCAAUAUUAACGUACCAUUCGUAUAUACAGCAACAUAAUCCAGUCCGCGAUCUUCUCGAUGAAGUUGAUCACAGAAGCUUCCGACGUCAUCCGUCAACGGCCUCAGAGAAAAUUGGCAUAACUCUUGGCGUGACGGUAGGACGACAUCCAGCAGGGGGAGACCUCUUUCGAAGCGGACCGUAA